UUUUGAGAACUUAGACUGCCAGUGUUACUGAUGGACUAAUGUGAUAAAAAAAAAGUUUGAGCAAUGGGAAGAGGAACUUGGCUGUCUGCCAAUGAAGAAAGAGCCAGCUAAAGGACUGUUUGUUUACGCCAGUUAGUCAGGAUUCAUAUUCUCUUAUGUUAUCCAUGAGGCAGCCUCAUUGCAUUUCAAGUGGGUUUCCUUUCUUAGGCUUGAAGAUUGGUUAUUUUAAAAAAUGAGCUUUAUGGAUCAAGAUGUGUUUGGACAAGCCCUUGAAGAUGCCUUGGAAGUGUUACAACAGGAGUCCAGCAGUGAUUUUGGUUAUGAACCAGAUUAUAGCAACUGCUUGACUUAUCAUCACCUUCACAUCAGAACCAAUUCAAGUCACUUGACAGAGUCAUUCACAGAGAAACCAUUCUAUAGUUGGAAGAAUACAAUAGAUUUUGAAGCCAACUUAUAUCCAGACUGUACUGUCUACCAAGCCCUGCAGACUGUUCCAGAAACUCAAGAGAUUUGUUCUACUACACCUCUUCAGCUGAAAGGAGGCAAAGGCAGGAAAAAACUGCGCCUUUUUGAAUACCUUCACGAAUCUCUACAUAACCCAGACACAGCUAACUGCAUUCAAUGGAUAGACAAACCCAAUGGGGUCUUCCAGUUCAUCUCCAAAAACAAGGAAAAACUGGCAGAGCUCUGGGGGGAGCGCAAGGGCAACCGUAAGAUCAUGACCUACCAGAAAAUGGCCAGAGCCCUGAGGAACUAUGGGAAAACAGGGGAAAUAGUUAAAAUCCGGAGAAAGCUGACUUAUCAGUUUGGGCCUAUGGUCUUGCAAAGGCUAUCCCCAGCUUCCUUUCUGGAAAAGGAUGCAGAAGUUGGCCAGUACGCCCACCCUGACCAAGGGUGCCACUAUGUUGAUGACUGUCUCUCUUACGAUUAUUACUCUUGCAACAAUGGCCAUGAGCUACAUCAGUAACAAAAGUCCUGUCUGUUAGCAGAUCUUAGUAAUCAGAGAGAAGACACACAAGACCCAAUUCUGAUACAUACAUUUCCACCUCUCUUUUGAGAUCAUGAAUGCGCAUAUGCUACCUCUGUGUCACCACAGAUUUUAAUAGGAUUCCUUGUCCCAAUUGUGCUGUACUUUUGUGUCCCUAAAGUUUAAUAGGCAGUAGUUAACUUCUUCUUAAUCUUCUUAAUCUUUUGAUAGGUUAUUCUGCUGGUGUAAAUGUGUUUACUCUGCUUAUUUUACUCCUGUUUGUUUUUCAUAAUUGAUACAAUAAAGUUUGGAAAAUGGGGCGGCGGAAAUGAA